AUGGCUGCGGCGAUCAUUUUGACAGCGGAAGAUCAAAUAACAUGUACAAUAUGUUUAGAAAUUUUUCAAGAACCCAAAGCACUACCCUGCUUGCACACCUUUUGUAAAAAGUGCAUAACAAAUUAUAUAACCCAGGAAAAUCGUCAACGUCCAGAAAGAAAAGGAUACAAGUGUCCUGUAUGCCGUCGACAUGUUUCCGCUCAAACGCACAUUAAAAACAAUCCGGAAAAAUGGGUUGAUCAACUUGAAAAUAACCACAUGAUUAGCGCUAUGAUCGAUGCCUACAAGACCUCCAGAACCUCUUCCAAAACCUGUACAGAUCAUCCUGAAAACGAACUCGAUUAUUUCUGUGUCGGCCAUUCCAAAUUCAUCUGCGCCAUGUGCUCCCUGCAACAUCGACAUUGUUCUGACGUCAUUACACGCGACGAAGCAAGCGAUAAAAUAAACAAAUCUGAAAAAAUAAAAUCUAAGCAAGCAGUUUUGCAACAGUAUACAGACCUUCUUUUUGAACAAUGUAACUCAUUCGAGCAUUUAUUAGGUAUCAGACGCGGCUAUCUAGAGUGUCUUGAUCAUUCAGAGCAACACAUUCGUGAUGAAAUCAUAUCAGUUAGAAAGAGAAUAACUGAAUUGAUGAACAAACAAGAAGAAAACAUCCUUACAAGGCUCGCAGAGAUGAAAACAAAAAGGGUUGCACAGAUUGAGAAGGACAAACGUAAGCUGGAAUCUUACCUUGAACAUUCCCGGCAUACCUUGCAACGGAUUCAGAAAACGAUUGACAGCAAGCAGGACGUUGAUGACAUGUAUAUCGAAAAUAUUAAAGCCGAAUACAGGUCUUUGCAACUCAAAGUUUUAGACACAAAGAAACAAAAUAUGCAAGAAAAGAUAGUUUUCUCAGUGAGUCCAUCAGUGAAACAUUUUGUUGCCAUGUUUGAUGGCUUUGGUAAACUCCGAUUUCAGAGCAACGAAACAGGGAUCUCAAGUAAGGAAGGUUUAUCUGUGCAAAUAGAAGAAUCUUCAGUGAAUAGAACACCGGUUUCUAAUCAAUCCAUCAGCGACAAUUCCCGGAAAAAUCAGUCUGAACUCAAACUGCCUUACUUAGGAAAAGCAUCAUGGAUAACAGGAAUAACAUUUUUGCCAUCAGGAAAUUUGCUUUGUGUGGAUCAUACAAACGAAGCUAUUUCUGUUUUUAAUCCUUCCUUCGAUUUUCUGUUCAAAACCAACGUUCAUCCUGCACCUUACGACGUUACAUCGAUUUCGCCGACCCUUGAUCACGUGAUGAUAUCGAUCCCAGACGCAAAGGAACUAAGAAAAUGCACAGUUAUGCAAGAUGGUUCUAUUGAAGUUGGUCAAAAAUUAAAGACCAACAACGCCUGUAAGGCACUUGCAUAUGAUGAAAAACAUAUGGCUGUUUGUUCUAGUUCGGAGAUUCAAAUUUUUGAAACAGAUGGCAAAAUCUGGAUGCUGUUGUUGGAAGAAUAUUACUCACAAACUAAGUUCACUUACGUCACGCUGUCUUCAUCAGAGAAAAAGGUGUUCGUAUCAGAUCAGACCUAUCCAGAUCCUCAUAUAAGAUGUUUGAAUUUUAAAGGAGAAACACUAUGGAAAGUAGCCGAUGGACGGUUUGGCUUCUGCACAGGAAUUCGUGUCAUAGGUACACAACUAUUGUUGACGUCAUGGGAUAGGGGAAUAACAUUCACACUAGCAUUUCAUGGACAUGACUUAAAAUCGUACUGCGAUUGUGCUCUGUCGUUUCCUUGGAAACUUGCUGUGUCAAACAAUCAAAAUGUCAUCUGUAUUUCACAGUAUAAACACAAUUUGUCAGAGGAGGACAAAAGAACGAUCAAAGUGAUUCACGUGGUCAAAGUAAUCAGCGGUGUACUCAGUGGUGACAAGGUACUCAAUGAUGACAAGGUUCUCAACGGUGUCAAGGUUAUCAGCGGUGUCAAGGUUAUCAAUGGUGACAAGUUACUCAGUGUUGUCAAGGUACUCAGUGGUUUCAAUGUACUCAGUGGUGACAAGGUAAUCAGUGAUGACAAGGUACUCAGUGAUGACAAGGUACUUAGUGGUGACAAGGUUCUCAGUGAUGUCAAGGUACUCAGUGGUGACAAGGUACUCAGUGUUUUCAAGGUACUCAGUGUUGUCAAGGUUCUCAGUGAUGUCAAGGUACACAGUUGUGACAGAGUACUUAGUGAUGACAAGGUACUCAGUGAUGACAAGGUACUCAGUGAUGACAGGGUAUUUAGUGAUGACAAGGUUCUCAGUGGUGACAAGGUACUCAGUGUUGUCAAGGUACUGAGUGGUUUCAAUGUACUCAGUGAUGACAAUGUACUCAGUGAUGACAAUGUACUUAGUGGUGACAAGGUUCUCAGUGAUGUCAAGGUACUCAGUGGUGACAAGGUUCUCAGUGUUUUCAAGGUACUCAGUGUUGUCAAGGUUCUCAGUGAUGUCAAGGUUCUCAGUGGUGACAAGGUACUCAGUCAUGACAAGGUAAUCAGUGGUGACAAGGUAACCAAUGAUGAUAAGGUAAUCGGUGAUGUCAAAGUACUCAGUGAUGUCAAGGUACUCAGUUGUGACAAGGUACUCAGUGGUGUCAACGUACUAAGUGGUGAAAAGGUACUCAGUGGUGAAAAGGUACACAGAGCUGAAAAGGUCCUCAGUUGUGACAAGGUACUCAGUGCUGACAAGGUUCUCAAUGGUGUCAAGGUAACCAGUGGUGUCAAGGUACUCAGUGAUGACAAUGUACUUAGUGGUGAAAAGGUACUCGGUGGUGUCAGGGAACACAGUGAUGACAUGGUACUCAGUGAUGUCAAGGCACUCUGUGAUGUGAAGGUAACCGGUGGUGUUAAGGUACCCGGUGAUGUCAAGGUAUUUAGUGAUGUCAAGACUCUCAGUGGUGACAAGGUGCUCAGUCGUGGCUAG